AAGAAACGGAAGUGCGCGGUGACGUUUGCCUACGUCGGCGCCGGGUACGCGGGCAUGCAGCGAAACCCGGGCGUGCGGACGAUCGAGGGGGAGCUGGAGGGCGCGAUCGCGCGCGCGGGAGGGAUAUCCGAUGCGAAUGCGGGCGAUUUCGCGAAAGUGCAGUGGACGCGGGCGGCGAGGACGGAUAAGGGGGUGUCGGCGGUGGGGCAGGUGGUGGCGCUGAAGAUGGUGUUGGAACCGAGCGGGAUGGUGGAGAGGAUUAACGCGGCUUUGCCGGAGCGAUUUGAGGUGUUUGGGAUCGAUCGAGUCACCGGGGGGUUUAACGCGAAGACGAUGUGCGAUCGGCGACGGUAUGAGUACGUGAUACCGACGCGGGCGUUUGAUCCGAAUCUCGGCGCCGAGGGCGCGGCGGAGGCGUUCGCGUUUACGGAGGAGACGCGCUCGCGGGUGGACGGUGUGCUAAAAAAUUACUGCGGGACGCAUAAUUUUCAUAACUAUACGGUUAAGGUGAAACCAACGGACGCGCAAGCGAAGCGCUACAUCAUAAGCUUCGAAUGCUCGGCGCCGUUUGAGGUGGAGGGCGAGCAAUUCGUUCGGUGCCAAGUCGUCGGGCAGUCGUUCAUGUUGCACCAGAUUCGCAAGCUCAUCGGCACCAUGCUCGCCGUCGUUCGAGGUGAGCUGACCGAGGACGACCAGAAAUUUGCACUGCUCACGCACGAAUUCGUGCCGACGCCCAUGGCGCCCGAACUCGGGCUCUUCCUUUGCGAGUGCAUCUACAAGGCGUACAACGACAAAUUCGGCGGCGUGCACGAAAACUUUGAACUGGCCAAGUACAGCGAGCGAAGCGAGUCGUUCAAGCAAACGCACGUGUACCCGCACAUCGCGAAACAAGAGCGAGAGGAAUCAACCAUGCAAAACUGGAUC